CCAUGUUGGGUGAAUGUUAAAGCAGGAAUGUGGAUAUCAACAAAGGGAUCGAACAUAAUAUGUGACUUGUGAUCAAUAAAUCCUGGCUGAUUAAUAGACGGUGUAUUUGUCAGAAGAGGUGACAAGAACAGAAAAACAUGAAGCAAAGCUAUGAAGAAAUCUUUUAAUAACAGAACCAAGGAUUCUAACUCUGAAAAAUCAAGCAUUUUCUCAGAUACCUAUAUGUUCUCAAAGGAGACAGUAAACAUAAACCCCAAAACUUUCUUGUGUUUUGAAUGUGGCAAAUAUUUUGCCACUAAAGCAAAUCUUGUUUGUCAUAAGAGAACUCACACAGGAGAGAAACUGUUCUCAUGUAUUGAAUGUGGCAAAUAUUUAGCCACUAAAGCAAAUCUUGUUUGUCAUAAGAGAACUCACACAGGAGAGAAACCGUUCUCAUGUUCUGAAUGUGGCAAAUGUUUUGCCACUAAAGCAAAUCUUGUUUGUCAUAAGAGAACUCACACAGGAGAGAAACCGUUCUCAUGUUCUGAAUGUGGCAAAUGUUUUGCCACUGAAGGAAAUCUUGUUUGUCAUCAGAGAGCUCACACAGGAGAGAAACCGUUCUCAUGUUCUGAAUGUGGAAAAUGUUUUAACCGACAUUCAAAUCUUGUCAUUCAUCAGAGAACUCACACAGGAGCGAAACCAUUCUCAUGUGCUGAAUGUGUAAAAUGUUUUUUCACCAAUGCUGAGCUUGUCCGUCAUCAUAGAACUCACACAGGAGAGAAACCAUUCUCAUGUUCUGAAUGUGGCAAAUGUUUUACCCGACAUUCAAAUCUUGUUAUUCAUCAGAGAACUCACACAGGAGAGAAACCGUUCUCAUGUUCUGAAUGUGGAAAAUGUUUUACCCGACAUUUAAAUCUUGUUAUUCAUCAGAGAACUCACACAGGAGAGAAACUGUUCUCAUGUUCUGAAUGUGGAAAAUGUUUUACCCGACAUUCAAAUUUUGUUAUUCAUCAGAGAACUCACACAGGAGAGAAACCGUUCUCAUGUUCUGAAUGUGGAAAAUGUUUUAACCAACAUUCAGAUCUUGUCAGUCAUCAGAGAACUCACACAGGAGAAAAACCAUUCUCAUGUGCUGAAUGUGGAAAAUGCUUUUUUACCAAUGCUGAGCUUGUCCGUCAUCAUAGAACUCACACAGGAGAGAAACCAUUCUCGUGUUCUGAAUGUGGAAAAUGUUUUAGACAGUACUCACAUCUUGUUGAACAUAAGAGAACUCACACAGGAGAGAAACCGUUCUCAUGUUCUGAAUGUGGAAAAUGUUUUAACCAACAUUCAACUCUUGUCAGUCAUCAGAGAACUCACACAGAAGAGACACCAUUCUCAUGUUCUGAAUGUGGCAAAUAUUUCAGUCAACAUGGAAGUCUUGUUACACAUCUGAAAACUCACACAGGAGAGAAACCAUUCACAUGUUCUGAAUGUGGAAAAAGUUUUGGGAGUUAUUCACGACUUGUCCGUCAUCAUAGAACUCAUACAGGAGAGAAACCGUUCUCGUGUUCUGAAUGUGGAAAAUGUUUUGUUAGUAAAGUAGCGUUGGUCAAUCAUCAGAGAACUCACACAGGAGAGAAACCGUUCUCAUGUUCUGAAUGUGGAAAAUGUUUUAGUCAACAUGGAAGUCUUGUUAAACAUCUGAAAACUCACACAGGAGAGAAACCGUUCUCGUGUUUAGAAUGUGAAAAAUUAUUUUCUUUUAAACAUCAUCUUGUUACACAUCAGAGAACUCACACAGGGGAGAAACCGUUCUCAUGUUCUGAAUGUGGAAAAUGUUUUAGUCAACAUGGAAGUCUUGCUACACAUCUGAAAACUCACACAGGAGAGAAACCAUUCACAUGUUCUGAAUGUGGAAAAAGUUUUGUGAGACAUUCAGAACUUGUCCGUCAUCAGAGAACUCACACAGGAGAGAAACCGUUCUCAUGUUCUGAAUGUGGAAAAUGUUUUAUCACAAAUGCAAAGCUUGUCAGUCAUCAGAGAACUCACACAUGUGAGGUGAUUUUAUAAUUCAUAUAUGGAUUAAUAUAGGAAUAAAAUAUCUUGUAUUGUGAAUUUUUCUAAUGCUGACACAAUAAAUAAUAACUUUGAUAUUAGCAGUCAA